UAAUUAUGAAGGUCAGUGGAAAUAUCAAAUUCCUGCUUAUGGUUGCUUAAUUGUGGUUACUAAACAUUUAUCUAAUAAGAUAUGAAUACAGUAAACGUUUUUAGAUACACUCUAAUCGCUUUAACUCUUCUACUUAUUACCAACUCAUCCAUGGCUUGGAAGUCGAGCGGUAGCACACAUACAGAACUUAUAAAUAAUCUAUUCAGAAAUCGAGUAAUUUCAUCUGAGAUUGUCAGGAAUACUAUGCUUUCCGUGGAUCGUGGGUACUUUGCCAGAUCGAAUUCUUACGAAGACCGACCAUCCUCUAUCGGCUAUGCCGCGACUAUCAGUGCUCCUCAUAUGCAUGCUUAUGCUCUGGAAGCAUUAAGAGAUCAUCUUAAACCUGGUGCACAUGCUUUAGAUGUUGGAUCAGGUAGUGGAUAUUUAACGGCGUGUAUGGCUCUUAUGGUAGGCCCUACAGGUGUUGCUGUAGGCAUAGAACAUAUUGAUGAGUUGACUAAAUUUUCUCUAUCAAAUGUUGAAAAUUGGUUUAAUCAUAGCCAAAAUGCUCGAUUAUCUGGAAUUGAAUUAGGAAAACAACUUAAACUUGUUACUGGUGAUGGUCGUGAAGGAUGGCCGUCAGAUGCACCUUAUGAUGCAAUUCACGUAGGUGCAGCGGCUCCAGUUAUUCCUAAUGCACUAAAAGAACAAUUGAAAAUUGGUGGUCGUUUAAUUUGUCCUGAAGGACCAGAAGGUGGAAAUCAAGCAUUAGUUCAAAUUGAUCGUUUGCAAGAUGGUUCCUUUCAAAGAAAAUCUUUAAUGGGUGUGAUUUAUGUUCCGUUAACCGAUAAAGAUCGACAAGUUGGGCCAAGAUUACAAAGAGACGACUUGUAACAUAUAUGAUGAUAGAAUACAACAGUUCAAUUUUAUGGAUGAGAUCUUAAAAGUUGUAAAAAAAAUAAGUUCAAAUAAGUUUGUUCA